AUGAAUCUUAGUGUUCAAUCGUCUUCCGGAGUCGUCAGUCGGGUGCCUGAGAACUCUUCCAAUCGGACCAGCCACGAGUCAGAAAGACCAUCAAGUCGACGAGGCCAUCCCAUUGCCCACAGGAUUGUGAGAGCUCUCUUACCCAAACACCAGUCUCUCAAAUCCCCAGUGGCCUUUAUACCUCAAGAUGACCUAAUAGAAAUCUUCAACCCUUCAGUCAUUCAGGAUUUACUUGAUGAAGCAUAUAAAAAGGACAGGAGUAAGACUCGCAUCCUAUUACAUCAGAUAGACGGCACAAAGAGCAAAUGUGGACGAUAUAAGAUACUUGCAACGCUCCUGCUGCUUGACAAGAUCAAAUAUCUGCGCUACUUUGUUCAUUCUCAUGUCUGGGACGACAACCUACCACUAUCAGAGAAGCACAUGAUCUUUAACAUCUACGACUGGAAGGAACUGGCUAUCGAUGGAUUUCUUGACAAGCAAUAUCUUUUUCAUCCCCACAUCAUCGAUUUCGAUUGCAUGCAGCAUAUAAAAUUGAGGUCUGAUAUACGCAUGCCAUUUCUGUACUUGCUGGAUAGAAAGAAGAGGGGCGCACAUGGCCAGGUGUCGAAGGUUAGGAUACAUAAACAGUAUCAGAAAUGGGGACAACGAACGAGAUGUUUUGAUCACUACGCUGUCAAACGCUUUACUGCUGAUGACGCGACCUUUGAGCAGGAGAGGGCAGCAUUGGCCCGAUUCAGCCAUCCAAAUCUAGGACACGAGAACCUCAUUCAAUUGUUAUUCUCAUAUGAACUAAGAUCAACCCGAUUUCUGAUCUUUCCGUGUGCUGAAGGCGAUUUAGAGGACUACUGGAAGAAUCACUGCUGUGAUCCUGCAUCACCGGACCAAUUAAUUUGGAUGAUCCAACAAUGCCAUGGAUUAGCCUCUGGUCUUGCCAAGGUCCACCAUCACUCUUCUUGGGCCCGACAUACGAGACACCACAAAACCCAAAACCAAGGACGACAUGGGGACAUCAAACCCAAGAAUAUCCUCUUCUUCAAUGACACAGCAGACUCGUAUGGGAAGCUAGUCGUGGCCGACUUCACUCUUAUGAGAUUUCACUCGCCCAAUACCGUUUACACUCGUAUUCAAGAUGUAAACUACUCGCAAACAUACCGACCACCUGAAAAGGCUGCUCGGGAUGGUUCUCGAGUGACUCAAAAGUGCGAUAUCUGGACAAUGGGGUGCGCAUUCCUCGAGUUCAUUACAUGGCACCUCCUUGGCUUCAAUGCUGUUCGCUCACGUGAGCCUACCAAUGAGAACGAACGUAAGCGAGGAUUCCAGGCUCCGGAUGGCCAAGAGUGCGAAGACUUUUAUACAUCGAGACAACAAGAUGACGAUAACCCAUAUAAGUAUCCAGACGAUAAGUUUUGGAACGAUACAAAUGGGGCUGGAGUUGUCAAGGAUUCAGUUAUGAAGUGGAUGAGUUUCUUGCGAAGCCUUGAGCAUUCAUCCCAGGCAUUGCACGAUUUCUUGGACUUUAUCACACACGGCAUGCUGGUUGUGAAACCCAAGGACAGAUGCUCCAUGAUGCAUGUUGCAAGCCGUCUUGCCCAAAUCCUGGCCACUUGUAAGACAGACGAGUCGUACUGCGGGCCUCUUAGCCUCAAGGGGCGAGCUAGAUAUAUGAUUCUAGAGUUUCCCCGUCUUCUUGGGCCGCCCGGGGACUAUGGCAGAGUUAGAUUCGAUCCGAAUCCAGUGGCUCAGUCGGCUACUAACCUUCUGAGCCAAGAGGACUAUAGCCUAUUUGAAAGAGAGUUUGGAGUCAAGGAAAAUGAUACCAGGAGUGAUUCGGCAGAAUUAUAUCACCCCUCACCUCCUAGAGAUCAAUCACUACUAAUGGGGGCUUCCAGGAUUAGGUCACAGUCCUCAGCCGUAUCCAAUGCACCACCAUUAAACCGUGAUCAGUCACGUCUGAGCGGUUUUCUAACGCAGCCGACAACAGGACAAAAAUCCGAGGACGGACGACCCAGUUACCAAGGCAUAAAGACAGAGAUACUCGAGCAAGAGAAGCCAAAGACAGACCAGCCCUUCCACUUGCCAUUUCAAAACUCGAGAAGGAAUGAUAAAUAUAUAGAAGGUCGCGGUAUUAGUAUAAGGAGUUCGAGAAGUCGACGACUGAUUAAUCGUUACAACGAGUGGAAAGCCAAGACAAAAAGGUCUUGUCGUAGACUAGUGCACUGA